AACCCUGUAAUCUGCUGAAAUGCUAAAUAAGAUACUGCAGACUAUUCAAUGCGUCUCAGAAACUAAAUAACCUCAUUUGAGAAAUAUUGUUCUACAGAGGUAGAUUUUUCCACUCAAGACACAAGAUGACAGCUAUUAAGAUGUUCGCACAACUGUACACAUUUUUGCUUCUUGGUGUGAUGGCUCAUGCACUAGUUGGGACUGAGCCCUCAGCCAUACAACAGUCGAGUGGUCUCAUGUCAGCCAAUGUUGGGGACACAGUGACUUUGCAGUGCUUCUAUGAAGGCAACAUGGCCAUGCAUUUCUCUUGGUACAAGCAACCCUUGGGAGAAAAACCUCAGGUCAUCUCAACAGUCUAUAGGUAUGACGAGGCUCCUACAUUUUACCAUGAAUUCAAGGGUAACCCUCGAUAUUCAGUGCAAAGCGGCCAAGGAAUAAAUCACCUCAGCAUCUCAGACAUAAAUAGCUUGGAUUCAGCCUUGUACUACUGUGGGAGCGCACACUCAAAUGUGUUGGAAUUUGGAAAAGGAACCUUCCUCUAUAUAAAAGAUUCAGGCUCCAACAGCAAGACAGUUGUAGAUCAGCCUGUGUCUGAGUCAGUCCAGCCAGGAGACUCUGUGACUCUGAACUGUACAAUACACACUGAGACCUGUGCAGGAGAACACAGUGUCUAUUGGUUCAGACGUGGCUCAGGAGAAUCCCAUCCAGGAAUCAUUUACACCCAUGGAGACAGGAGUGAUCAGUGUGAGGAGAGCCCUGAUGCUGGGUCUCCUACACAGAGAUGUGUCUACAACCUCCCCAAGAGGAACCUAAACCUUUCUGAUGCUGGGACUUACUACUGUGCUGUGGCCUUAUGUGGGGAGAUACUCUUUGGGAAUGGGACCAUGCUGGACUUUCAAGGUAAACCGCUUAUGCUUCUUUGUUAAAAUUACUUAAACAUUACAUUUACUGUAGUUAUACAGGUAGUUAUUGUAAAACACAAUGUGUUCCCAAUGACUUACCUGAUCAA